UGGAGUUGUCGCAGAGAGUUGAUGUAAACAGUGUAACUGAUUUUGAUUAAACAUUGUUUGUCAUCGUCCUCAUGUAUAAUACGUCCAUGUCAUGAGGUAUUCUAGACUAUCUUUAUAUAGAACGAUUGAAGUUGAACUCUUGCUAUAUGAAUAUUACAGAUCUGUUAAGAAACGCAUGAAAUGUAGUGCUGAUUUAGGCCUAGUAGGCUUUGUUGACUAGGCUGAAACAAGCUCACAGUAUGGAAGGCGAAUUCUGGAACAUGGGGAUACUCAAUCCAGAGUUAUUUCAGAGCAACUCACCCUGGUUGGAUGUUGUUAAGUGCUUAUUGACGAUCGUUUUAUUACAAAUGUUUACGUAUGGGGAAAAAACAUGGAGAAUAUACUUUCAUAAGGCUUUGAUCAACAUUUUGUAUCACAGAGAUGCCUUAAACAUUUUCAGAAUUAAGAAUGUACUUCGGCAUUCUUUAAAUGAGGUGACAAAGAAGCUGCAUGCCUUAGAAAUACGGUUAACCAAAGAAAAAGAACAACAUUCAAGAACAGCGGAGAAGCUAAAAAUAAAUUCUACAGUUCUUAAAGAGGAAAAAAUAAUCAGGAAAGAAACCGAACAAAUAUUGGCAGAUGUCAACAGGAAAUAUACUAAAAAAUGUGAAUUAUAUGAAAGAGUAAGCUGGAAAUAUGAAGAGGCUAUGGCUGAAGUGGUUAACCUAAAAAAAGUGAAGAAAAUAUAUAGGUGUAAACUGUAUGACAGCGAACAAAAAUUGGGAGAAGUAACCGAGAAAAAUACUGAACUCCGUAAAUUAUAUAAUCAAGAACGCCUAACAUGUCGUGAACAGGCAGUGGCUGAAGCAUCAAAAAUAAGAAAUUUGGAGAGAAUGCAUAUGUCUAAACUGUAUGAAAACGAACAAAGAUUGGCACAAGUUACCAAGAAAAAUACUGAACUUCGUAAAUUAUACGAUCAAAAAUGCAUAGCACAUCGUGCGCAGGGCGUGAACCUAAGAAAAGUGGAGAAAAUGCACAGAUCUAAAAUGUAUGAGUUUGAAGAAAAAUUGGCAGAUGCCAUUAAGGAAAAUACUGACCUACGUGAAUCAUAUAAGAAAGAAUGCUCAAAACGUGAAGAAGCGGUGACUGAAUUGGAAAGCUUCAAAAAGUCGAACAGAAUGUUUAGGUCUAAACUGUAUGAGCAAGACACUAAGCUUGCCGAAAUGAAAGAUCAUUUGGAGAGUUGCACACGUCGAUUGGAAACAGCAAAGAAUUUCGAAGAGGUUACCCUACGAGAAAAGCAAAUGGCAGAUAAAGAGAGAGAUACGAUUGCCAGAAAUUUUGAAGAUCUUAAUGAUGAAAUGGUUAUCGAAAGACGUAAGGUAACGUUCAGAGGAUGGAUUAAAGAAUCAAUGUCAAAAAAUGACAUGCUUCUUAAAAAGUAUGUGUGUCUUAAGUGGAAAUACAUGUGUCAACGCAUUCUUCUAUGCAGCCAACGAGGAUCGUCCCUUAAGGAAUGUAUAUUCAAAAACUUUGAGAAGUUUAUGCGUGUUUUAAAUUUAUUUCCAUUUGUUUGGUGUAUACUAGUAGUAGGUCUAAUAUUACUGCUACUUUUUAUAGUAAAGCGUUAGUGGAAAAAAUAGAGAAAAAUACAAUUCCAACUUACAGGAAAUAACAAAGAAAGCAACAAAAUAUAAUUCCUAUAAAAAUAUAUAAACCGUACUUUCCUGAUAUAAUAGUAAAUGAAACACCAGACAUGUGGUAAUUCAAGACCAGUUUCAUUGACAAAUCACUAGCUUACUAUGUAUGUUUG